CAGUUCGGAGCGCGUGGAUGCUUCGCCCUUCGCGUCGAUUCGUGACGGAUAGUGCGUCUCCAUUGUUUUGGGUCGUUCCACCCACCAUCAGGACCCGGCGUGUGUGUGGCGGCUUUGCCUUGCUUGGAUCGACAUGGCAGUGGGUCGGUUAGCCAUUCGCUUGUUGAGCGCGACCGCGAACGGAUGUGUUGUGGUGAGCGUUGAUUACCUCUUUAGCUGAUUGUUGUGACUCGGGCCACAUUAGGAUGCUGAAAUUAGCCAACCACGGAUGCACAGGUGAAACGGAUCAAACCUAUUGUGAAGUGAAUGCACUCAUUAUGGUGGUGUUUGUUGCAGCUAUCGUGGAAAACUAAUCGAAACGGUUCGAUUUAUUUCAAGAAUUCACAUCUUCGACUAGCAGUUGCAAGUUGCUAAUAAAGGAAUACAAAUUGUACGGAAUGAAUAGCAAAAGACGCCAAAGUAUCUGUAGCUCGAAGAUUUCACUUUAUAUCUAUGUGCUUUGAAAGUGAUAAACAAAGAGGAAUACUUCAAAAUAGCAAGAAGAAUAAAUCUGGGUCGUUGCGAUUAAAUUCCCGGUGCAAAAUCUGAUGCAAACAGAAGACGCAAACCGAAGUUGGUGGAAGCAUUAAUCUGGGAUAAUGAUUUCGCUGUUUUCGAGUCAGUGCGACUACUGGCACCUGGGAGAAGCGAAAAUACCGAAUGCUGAGCGGUAGUUCCAAGUAAAAGUGAUUACGGAAGUGUAUUCUGAUUGAAGAAAGCAGCCUCCGCGCGGUUGGUCGGCUAAGGCAGGUGACGCGACGAGUGACUUCAGGCAACGACGGCGACGAGGUGAAGGACGAGGUCGUUCCGCUUGGUUGGUUGCGGUGGUGAGGCAUUUCAGCGUGAAAAGGAAUAAGAAAGCAAGAAUGUUUGAAAUCGGUGGGAAUAAAGUUGCUCUUGAAAGGAAGUGAAAGUUAAAGUGAUUGUUCCGGGAACGACGCACGCCCGCCGCGGUAGAACGGAACUACUCCACGUGGAAGGCACGCCGCAAGGCUUAUAUCAUCAUUGCAAUCAUAGUGAUCAGUGAAUUUACUACAUGAGUUAUAUCCAAGUGAUGGAGUUGGUCUAAGCAAAAUUUAUUCAAGUGAGUGUUUUUGUGUCUGUGAUACUGUAACCAUCGUUUCAAACACCGUCAAACAUCAUGGGCGUCAAUUCAUCAUCCCGGCAGGACGUCAGUCUUCUAUCCGAUGAAGAUGUUAAUUUCGACCAUUUCCAAAUACUGAGAAACAUCGGCAAGGGAAGCUUUGGGAAGGUAAUGGCGCCAAUUCGAACACACUCGUCGUUCGGUGGGAAAAGUAAGUGUGGUUGCAGUGAUCACGUUUUUGAAAACUCGUUCCGCCACAGCUUGGGUGAGUUCUGGGAAAGUGAUCAACGACCAACGAAACGAAUUACAUUUUCCAUACACGUGUAAGC